AUGUCUGAAGUGCCCACCAAUACUCCUCAAGAGUAUGCACAGCCUUGCGAUAAUGACGAAUGCAUUUUGCAAGAGGUCGUUCAAGAACGCCAGGAUUCUGAAAACGAAGGAUACAACAUAAUUACCUUAUCAAAUGUAAACCAUGUGGAUUCUCCACCAGUAUCCUCCACCACUAAUACCAUCUUAAAAGAAGUGCAGAGCAAUUCAGCUAUGCUAAAAAAAUUAUUGGAAGAAGUUAUACAUUUAAGGAACGAAGUACAGGAGCUGAAAAAAAAUAUGAACAAAAAUGUUGAAGAUCCGAAGUCGUGCCUACCCAAAUUGCCAAUCGAUGAUAUGGCGGAACUAAAGAACUUUGAUAAAGUCUUACAAUCAGAUGAGACAAUGAAGAGCCAAUUGAAAACCUAUAUUCGCAAUCAUGGUGCAAAUGAUGUACCUACUUUUAUAAGGAGCGCUUUAAAAGCCAUUUUUACUGAUUCAUUGGCGGUGGAUUUAACUUGGCGUGACAUCGGACAUGCGAAAUUUCCUAUGUCUACCAAAGAAGAAAUGAAUAAGAUUUGUCAACAGCAUUUGGUGCAUGCGAAAGACCGGAUAGACAAACAUUUAAAAAAAAAAAAAUUGCCUGUAUAA